GAGAGAGAGAGAGAGAGAGGCGCGCGCGCUGGGGCAGAGUUUAGAGCACGUUCAGUUGACAGGCGUCGCCGUUGCUACUCGAUUCCGAUAACAACACAAGCGAAGGCACGGAGCUGUCGCGAGAUACGCGCCUUUAACUGGAUUAAGCCGAGAAAAGCCGUUUUGGACGGACCGAGCCCAAGGCGGAUGAGCGCAGCCCGCGGGAGGGCAAGUGUGUUUCUGCGGCGGGGUCCAGUCAGCGAAAGAUGAACAAAAACCACCGAGUGCCGAGCAACCGAACUCUGAACGCCGUGGAGGUGAAGAGCAAGUUUGGGGCAGAAUUUAGGCGUUUCUCUUUGGACCGGUCCAAGCCGGGGCGCUUUGAUGAGUUCUAUGGCUUGCUGCAGCACGUGCACCGGAUCCCCAACGUCGAUCUGCUUGUGGGCUACGCCGAUGUCCACGGGGACCUGCUGCCAAUCAACAACGAUGACAACUACCAUAAAGCGAUCUCCAUGGCGGCGCCCCUUCUCCGUCUCUUCUUGCAGCGGAAAGCAGAGGAGGCCGAUUACUCUGCAUUCGGCGCGGACACUGUGACCCGUAAGAAGACCCCUGCAGCGCUUGCAGCCGUCCUCCUUCGGCCGGACACCAACAAGAAGAAACCUCCUAUCAUCAUCAGCCUGCCCAAAGAUUUCCGGCCAGUGUCCUCCAUCAUCGACGUAGACAUCCUCCCAGAGACCCACCGCCGCGUCCGCCUCUACAAGCACGGUCAGGAGAAACCCUUGGGCUUCUACAUUCGCGACGGAUCCAGCGUCCGUGUUACUCCCCAAGGCCUGGAAAAGGUCCCGGGCAUCUUCAUCUCCCGCAUGGUCCCCGGAGGCCUGGCGGAGAGCACGGGACUGCUGGCCGUCAACGACGAGGUGCUCGAAGUCAACGGCAUCGAGGUGAGUGGAAAGUCUUUGGACCAAGUAACGGACAUGAUGAUCGCUAACAGCCACAACCUCAUUAUAACCGUCAAACCGGCCAAUCAGCGCAAUAACGUGGUACGCAGCAGCGGAGGCGGCAGCUCAGGGCGAUCUUCGGACAGCAGCACCAGUUUUUAUGGUUACUCGACACCGGGUUCGAUGGCGAUGACCCCAUCCCAUAUUAUCCAGAACUAUGAGCCGGACGAGGAGAGCGAGGAGGAGGAGGAGGAUCUUGUGAUCGAGGCGGACGGAGGGGCUAAACUUAUUCCGCAGGCAGGGGCACGGGCGACGGCCAGCACCAGCAUGCCCGUCCUGCCCAGAUACGAGCCCCACCUCGACCUCCGCCCCUCAAAUGGUACCAUGGCAAGCAGCGUGAGCGUGGGUUCUCUGAAUGCCCGUGACAGGGGUGUAGAAGGGCGAAAUCUUGAGGAGGAGGGCACAGUCAUUACACUGUAAACACACACACACACAGCAUAUAAUCACACACACAUGCCAGUACGUACUCUUGUGUGCCAUAGGACUGAAAAUGCAUGUCCAGGACCAAAAGAGAAGACGCAGCACUUCUCUGUAACCACCAGGUAGUUCUUAUCAUCAAACCCAUGGAGAGCAGCACAGCACCAAAAAUAGCUGCUUCUGGAGUAAUAAUGAACUUCCUGAGUCAGUGCGAUUGAAUGAAUGCAGACGGCGCUGUAUGAGUCAUGACAAUCUUUUUUUACUUUGACAACCACUCCCUUCAGAGCCACGAGGCUUGAGCGUUAUCAGAGAACAAAGUACAAUGGGUUUUACCCAUCCUCUGUGUUACCAUGGUAACUGAGUCUGAGCUACAGAACUUCAGACAGAACUGAAAUAUGCUCUUCAUCCCUUUCCCGUCUGCAACACUAAUACUCUCAGCUUACCGAUUCUUUGUGGUUUUCAAGGGAAUCGUGAACCUUUUGAGGGGCUUGAGUGAAUGUUUUGGAGAAAUUUUCUCGUGAGUGGACAGUUGUAGACUGCUGCAGAUGUCUUUUAUUAUCUCAGAAGUUUUUAAUCAUAGCCAAAAAGACAAAUGAAUAAUGUCAUAUUUUUCAUACUGAUAUGUUUUAUUGGUAUCGCUUAUAUUUCUUUAUGACAAGGGCUAUCAUCCUGCUCUUUGCUACCUGUGGUUUAUUUUACCCAUUAAUCUUUACUUGAUAACCCUAUCUGGGGACUUGGAAUACAUAAUUAUCAUCAAUAAUGUUUCAAAAGAGUGCUCUGAUGUGGACACUUGGAUGUUUCAUUUAUGAAGAGCGUCUCUACUGUCACACUUUUCACAAAGGUUCAGCUCGUUAACAUUAGAUCAGCCAAAAAUGUCAUUUUAUAUGUUUCUUUCUUCUGUGGCGCAUAAAAGCAUAUAUUCAUAGAUAUUUUCAUACACAAAGAAUUCAGGUAAAUGACAAAAUUGACUUUUUGGGGGGUGAACUAUACAGUACAUUUAAUGCAUUAGGCAUCAUAACUAACUAUUAAUAAUAUUUUUACAAUGUUAAAGUUCAUUUCUGCAUACACUAAAAUUGACUUUUUAACAUUUUAAAGUAGUUUAAAUAAACAUUAGAUAGUGUAUUAUGAGUCAUGAACAAUAGUAUAUGUAUGAAUCAACAAUUACCAGAAUCAAUAAAAUCUGUAAAAAUGGCACAUAACGCAUUAAUGUUAACAAAUUGAACCUCUUUAAAGUGUUACCGCUAACAGUAAGUGUUGCAGUCAAAUUAUGGAAAAACAACUCUUAUUUUGUAGUGAAUUACUAUUGAAUAUAUACCAAAAUAUUCAGUAUCUUUUUGUGUGUGUGUGUGUGUCAGCCGAGUACCAGCCAAACCCUUCACUAAGUAAGCAGAAGUAUGGGACAGACAUGGAUCUUUUUUUCAGUUCAGCUGAUUGAAAUGUGUUGUGAACUCAUGUCAAAAAUGCACAAUUAAUCAUAUUGCCAUCUAACUUCCAUACCCUUUACUCCGUGUACGGUAAAGUGAGCUCUUACUACUUAAGUGAUAAUUAUGACUAAAAAUGACCUCUUAUACGAAUAACUGGACAACUGAACAAAUGUUAUGACUUUGAAAGCAUUCCUUUUAAGUUCAAGUGACUGUAGGUACACUGUAGGUACACUCUUCCCUUUUCGUCCUUAUACAUACAUGUCAUAAUGAUAUGCAUGAUGUCACAGCCGUAAGCUGCAAUACGAACCUCUGAGAUCUCAAAGUGUGUGUGUGAGUGGAUACACUGGGAGAGACCGAUGGGAGACAGAUGUGCCUACGCUCUUACAGUUAGGACCUGCUGUUGGAGAUUUAGCCGAAGUAGCCUUUCAUUAUCCCAGCUUUUUCUCGCUUCAUAAUAGCUGAAGAGAAUCGCUUUUCGUGGCACUUACGUUACCAAACCUGCUCGGAGUAGCACACAAGCACUGUAGCUGUGAUCAUACACACCACUUCAUCCUGAUCGUUCAUCUUUUUGGUACAAACGACAUAUUGAAUGGAGUCUUUAGCUGUGUUAAUUUAUUUUUAUAUUAACCACUACAUACGAUUUGGGAUUGUAACCACAGAAGGUUUAUUUAUUUUAAAAUAGACUAUGUAUUUUUACUUGCUUUGUUUUAGCUGACAUAAAAACCUCAUAAUUCUGAUACUUUUUUUUUUCAUCUCUACAAAAUGGUGUUCUAAUUUUUUCCACUAGCAUCUUUGGUGGAACUUAAUGCUCAGACUCUUAGGGGGUGAAUAGAAAUAUGAAGAAUAACUUGCUAUUUUCCAAACUGUGAAUAUCUUUGCAUUUCUAAAAGAGACCAUAUAUCUUUGAGCACCUGCAUUGAGAGAAAGAGAUAGAAACGGGCUUUCAAGCAUUAUCAUUCAUGUGUCAAUUUCUCUUUUUUUGAUAAUAAGCUUGCCAGAUAAAUCUUAAGGUAUAGAUUUGUACUGAAAUUGUCAGUAUUUUCUUAGUACUACAUGAUGUAAAUUUGUUUCACAUAAUGAAACUUUUAAAAGGAUAAAUACUAUAUUAAGACAUAGAUGCACAUGUAUUAUAGUCGAAUCUUGGAUGAAAUAAACUAAUAUGUAGAAAAUGA